AUGACGACUCUUGUCAAGACCCUCGUUUACGGACUCCUCGUCACGGCCGCUCCCGUCGCCGCCCUACCCUUCGGUCUCAGUUUCUCGCGUCGCGCAGUCAUCGCGCACGAUGCCGUCGUCGGUUUCCCCGAAACCGUCCCCUCGGGCGUUGUGGGCAGCUUGAUGCUCAAGUAUAAGCCCUGGCUCGAGGUCAUGAACGGCUGUGUCCCGUUCCCUGCUGUCGACGCAUCUGGUAAUACUGGCGGCGGCCUCAGCCCCUCGGGCGACCCAAGUGGCCAAUGCGGCUCCUCGACCGGCCAAGUUUACGCGCGCGCCGGAACCUACAACAACGCCUUCGCAAUAAUGUACUCUUGGUACAUGCCCAAAGAUUCUCCCUCGUCGGGCCUCGGCCACCGCCACGACUGGGAAAACAUCGUCGUCUGGCUCUCCUCGCAAGACGCCUCCGCCACCCUCCGCGGCGUCGCCAUCUCCGCUCACGGCGACUACCAAAAGGAAACUUCGCCUCCGCUCGACGGAACUAGACCCAAGAUCGGCUAUGUGAGCUACUGGCCCGUCAAUCAUCAGUUGAUUCCUACGGGGACCAAGGGUGGGCAGCAACCGUUGAUCGCUUGGGACAGUAUGACGGCGGCCGCGAGGUCGGCGAUUGAGAGCACGGAUUUUGGGAGUGCGACGCCAAGUUUUAGGGAUAGCAAUUUUCAGAAUUAUUUGGCUGAGGCGUUUAUUUGA